AAGAUAGACGUGUAUUUACGUGAAAUGGGCAGUCUCCCUCAGAACAUUUUGUCUGUGAUGUAAGUCGUCGUUUAGUUCGCAAUUUGUUUAAAAAAUCACUCAUGAAUUUAAAAGAGAAUGGCAUUCGAUUUAAAGUUAAACUUGGAAAAUUAUCAACAAACGUCAAUGAUGGAUAGCGAAGCAGGCGCCUUGUCCUUCGAUCAGGGAGCAGACUGGGAUAUAAGUCUGUUCGAUGAACUGGAUAACUUAGGGGAUGCCGAUGAGCUGCUUGAAGCCCUCGAGAGCGGUAGCUAUGCUAACGAAGGUCCAGAUCUGUAUUUUGACAUUGACAUUCCACCUUGGAAUGAAACUGAUGCACGCAGCACUUGUGCAGAUGGUGAGAUGAGUGUGGACUCUCUGUCACCUGCCCACACUCUGAGCUCUGUCCCCUCUCCUGCCUCCAUGGAAGCCUUGUCUCCUUCCUCCUUACUAGAUGAGGCUCUUUCUCCUCAGUCACAGCUUUCUCCAGUUUCAGUCUGCUCAGAAUCCAGUGGAUUUUCUGAAAUAUCUAUCCCUCCCAAGAAAGCUGCGAAGAAGAGCCCUCAGGGGACUCGAGCAAAACAAGCUCAGCAUGUCAAAAGGCCAAUUCAGAUUGGCCCAAAGUUCUCCAUCCAGCCCAAACCGCUGAUUACAGCUGUGCCACUUGCUCCAGCAGCUGCAGCUUCUUUGCAGGCCAAAACGAUCAUCCUCCAGCCCCUGCAGACCACUGUGCUUCCUGUGGUCAAACCUGCGCGGGUCACUAUCCAACGAGCGCCCCCUGCAGGUCGCCCCGUCAUGUUGUCUCAGCCGAGCCCGUUACUACAGAUCCAGACACAUUGCGCCGUCCCUGGCAGUGUGGUUGCUAUGCCAACGGUCAACCAGGACAAGCCUGUUCCUGUAGCUGCAGCCCCGUUGGUUUCUGUCGCACUUCGGACCCCUUCCUCAGAUGAAGACUCAAAGUUGUCCCAGAGGCAGCAACGCAUGAUAAAGAACAGAGAGUCUGCGUCGCUGUCUCGGAAGAAGAAAAAAGAGUACCUGAUUGCGCUGGAAGCUCGCCUGAAAGUGGCGUUGACUGAGAACGAGGCGCUCAAGAGCGAGAAUGGCAACCUCAAGAGGCAGCUGGAGGGCCUGCUGAGUGAGCAGAACACAGUACUAAAGACGACAGCACCUAAGAGGAGAGCUGUGUGCCUCAUGUUGGUUGUGGUGUUCCUGGUGUUUAACAUUGGACCAAUGAGUCUGUUUCAGGGUGGCUCCAACUCCAACUUUGAGGUUUCUCCAGUGCAGCAAAGUGGCAGACACCUGUUGGGCUUCUCACCAGAGGCAGAGUCGGAUGUGGUGGCAGGUCCCCAGCCCAGCAGCAGACCAUCAGAAAUGGCAAACAGUGUGGAGGACAAGGCCCUGAUGGUUGUGAAAAGUCCCAUCUUUCUCAGACCGCCUCCCCCCUGUCAGCCUUCAGUUAACAGGACCAAGUGCAUUGAGUUAGCUCAUGAGUUGAAGGGUUGGGUCCAUCGGCAUGAAGAGCAGCAGACCAAAUCCAGGCCCACGAGCAACAGCAACCUCAAAUCCAGAAGGCCCAUUUUGAAAACAGAAACAACAGAGGCUGACAGAGCUGAAAUUGUGACCAUCCCAUACACAGAAACUGCUGAGAAGACUCCAGGCAGCGAGCUGCAGGUUUAUUACGCCCCCCAGCACACCUACAGCGACUUCUUCGAUGAGCUCAAUCGUCGCGCUGACACUUUCUACGUGGUGUCUUUUCGUAGGGAUCAUCUUUUACUUCCUGCCUCCAACCACAACAAAGGAAGUCGACCCAAGAUGUCUGUCGUGUUGCCAGCUAUGAACAUUAAUGACAGCAUCAUUAAGGACAAAGAGUUUGAGGUGAUGAUGCAGAUCGACUGUGAGGUAACAGACACCAGGAUUCUCCACAUCAGAUCCUCCAGCAUCCCUCCGUUGUUACGGGUCAACCACACAGACACAUUUUACCAGCACGCCACGACUGAGAGCAAGGCUGCGCCUCCCGUUGGCGUCCUAAUGGGGUCUUCGUAACGUCACCAAUUCCUGCCUUCUUUGUAAUUCCUCCUCCACAAAAUCCAUGAAGGGAAACUGACCUCAGUCUGCUCAUUUUUACAUCAAAAUUAUUGUAAAUCUGGUGCGAUCCCACAGAUUUGAUCCGUUUGUGAUUUCCGUGACUGUGCUUUGCAGAACCGUAGUUGUUUUUCACCAGGGUAGAUAUCAUGAUUCGCUGGCGAUGGGUUGAAGCAGGUAACGAAACUAGAUGGAUGAAUGAAUGUUUAGAAGCACAACAUGGUUUUAAUUAAAAAUAAAACUGGUAAUCUUUUUAUUUAACUAAGCCAUUUUGUGUGCAUCCCAAGAAUGCAUUUUAGAACUCAGGAAGUCGGGUAGUCUGAAAGCUGUCAGGCUUUAACUUAAAUAUUCCACGUGCUCAGUUUGCAGCGCUUCAUUGAUCAUUUCAGUCCUAUUUUUGGGGUCUUUGCACUGUGUUUUAUAUGAAACGAUGACGUUGUAUACUGUGCAAAACUUUACAUAUUUAUUUAUGUAACAAUAUAUAU